ACAACCCCAAUCAACCCUCAUAUGAAUAGCUACUGUAGUAUUUCAAGGCGCUUAAAGGUAAAGCUAUUGGGCUGCUAUGGGCCCAUGGUCUUCGUUACUAAAAUUAGCCAAUGAGCAUUUCCAUUUCAUGGGCCUGCUGCCACUCGACACCAACAUGUUUAUUCCAAUAUGUGGGCUAGCUAGCUGCUUCCAGUUGUACUGCUCAGUUUGGCCAGGCUCAGUUCUGGGUCUAUUUUGGUAGCUACUCUUCCAUGCUCAACUUCUAGGUUCCUCUGCCCCGCUGCAUUUACUACAUGGAUCUUAAAGCUUAACAGAUGCAGUGGAUUCAUCAGGACUAUGGAGUUUUCUCAGGACCCACUUUCUUGAUUUGACCAUUACACUGAACAUGGAAUACACAAUCGCAAGGGAAACCAGCUAUCAUCCUUCAACAUGACCUGCGUGGAGAAGCACCCACAUGUCAGUCACCGGAGCGCCAUGCUCCACCACCGCUUCCCCAAUGGGUUCUCCGAGAUCUUCAUGGACGAGACGGACCGAGAAGUCAGCACUCUCACUGACCGCGCUUUCCGGAGCCUGUGUGUCGGAGACGAGGCCGUAUACAACGAUGAGGUCUCGCAUGGAUAUUCCCCUUUCAGCUGUCAUAAGCCUCUAGUGGGGGAUCCCCUGAAAAAGACGAAGGACGCUGGUAAAAAGCACCAAGUCAACAGUGCCCAAGACACUCAGCCCUGGAGGCAACAGAAGGGCAUGUCCAGCAUGUCUCUCCUCAAGGCAUUCAGCGCUACUGAGGAGAACUGCCAGGGUCUGCUGAUUAAAAAUGGCGAUUUUCAGGACAACAAUGGGGACUCGUGGGAUAAAUCUGCCCUCCUUAGCAUUGAAAGGGAACUAUCGGAAUUCUCUUCAGAUUACAACAGCCUGACAGCCAAGAAAUCAGGUGUGGACGAAAAGUCCACAAAGACUAAAAAUGGCAAGUCUAAAUUUAAGUUGCGGAAGCUGAACAUUAAAAACUUUUUCUUCCACAGCGAGUUCAGCCCUUUUCAGUCAUGGAGGGAUUUCAACCGCUUUCCAUUCAGCCAGGAGAACAUCACUGCCAUCCUCCCUGAGGUGGAAAACCUCCCUAAAUGGUACGACUCCCCGUUAUACAAAGAGUUGACCGAUGCACACAGAACAGAGACUACGCAUGCUGAGGAGACAGGGCAGCAGCAACCAGUCAAACCUCCUCCUCCUCCUCCUCCUCGUCCUCGUCCUCCACCAAAGGUUCUGCCAAAACCCUCAAUAUCAGAAAAAAGGUGUGCAUCAGACACCUCUUCGCACGGCGAAACCAGCGCCCCCUGGAGGAGAAACAGAGCUAGAGCCAAGAGCACGGUGCCCAUCAACCAAACAGGAGUGAUUUCACAUCCUACUGAAACCCCUAAACUGGUGGAGGAGUGUCCUCUGCCAUAUAAAAAGGAAGUCAAGUCUGUGAAGGUGAAUGAGGCAGAGGAGCCAUGCUCUUUCACCCCAUUCAGCAUUUCUCAGCUGAUGACUCCAAUAAUACCGUGCAGACAGGCCACAGACACCUCAGACAUGAUGUCAGUAGUGCUCUCUCCCUCUCUCGUCGAUCUCCCUCUCCUAGACUUAGAGCAUGUGUCGCCAGUCAAAUCAGGGUCAACCCCUGAGGUUGUCAAACGAGAAAGCUAUAAAUCCAUUGUGUCCAGUUUAUUGUUCAACCUCAAGGAUAACAGGAAAAGGGUCAAGAGCAGGUACAGCCCACCUAAGUUUAAAACCGAACAGGUGGAUCGGAGUACUUUGCCACCAAAGCUUCUGGAACAGAGACUACUAAAAUAUGCACAAGCUCCAUCUGAAGGUACAGCCUCUGGCUUCAGUACACCUGCCAUUCUAGCCUCUGGUUUAAACACACCUGCCAUUCAAUUAGAUGGACAGCCUGUCAACUCAGCUGUUGCUGAAUCUAGUAAUGCUGGAGUUGAGAAAUAUCUAGAUUCAGAUCUAUCAGACAAUUACUUAAUAUCCAACUUAUUGCAAACCAAAAGAGAGGCGGCACGUAGCAGGAGCCCCGGAAUACACUUUACAAACCCAAAGGUGAACAAGAGCCAUCUCACUAAGAAACAAACAUACCCAACUCUGAACCUCUACAAGAGUCCCACCGAGCCAGAGAUUAAACACAUCUCACCAUCAGUCAAUAAGGACACUUUGUGCAUUACGACACCAAAGAAUGUACCUUCUCCAAAUACAUCAAACGAGACAAAACAUCAUCCCUCAACGCAAAAGAAAGGGACACCUUCAGAGGUAUCAGAAAAGCCAGUAAAAGAGAUCUUGGAACUAAAGGAGAAAAACAUUGUUGACCAGCAUACACUUAUAGGAUAUCAUAGGGAAGAGGUACCUACAGAACGAAACAAAGUGUUAUCGCUAAACACAUCCGAGAACACUAACCAGCCUACAAAAGAGAAGGUGGAACUGAAGGAAAAACACAUAAGUGAAGAGAGUGCCAGAAUAAGUCAAGACACAUUAAUUCCAGCCCAAAAUAAAACACUGUCCUCAAAUAGAUCUGACCACACCAAAAGUUCAACUAAGGACAUCACAGAGUUAAACGUUAAAGACACUGUCCAAGAGGUCAUGAGAGCUGGUAUGGAGGCAAUAUCUACCACCAGAAACAAGAUAUUCUAUAGCACAGACAACGCAGUCAAAACAGAGGCACCUCUAACGACAGAUAAUGAUGCAAUUGUAGGAGAGGAUAGACAUUCCUUUUAUUCAUUUUCAAUACCAAAGCCAAGCUACAGACAGACAGAGGCACAGACAGCAGGGGAAAUAUAUCCAACUGAAAAUAUACUUACCAAUACAUUUAAAGAAGUUGCAGCAAAAGAAAAGGAAAGUAUUGUAGAAGAAAAAGAGGGGCUUGUGAAAAAGCAAGGCAGGUUUAAACAUGUAUUUUCGGCGAGACAGAAUAACUAUAUUAAAAGCCAAAGGUGUGCGGUGAUGGAGAACAGUGACAAAAAACAGGACGAGGAAGAUUUUGAAACUGAUUUUAAGGUGAAUAAGAAAGACGUGGGAAAAUUUGGGUUAAAAGAGAUGAUGGAUAUGACAGAUCGUGAACAUAUAAUGAGUGACUUACAUGAACUAAAAGAGCUGGAGAAGACUAGACUGAGUGAACGGCAAAUUAUGGGCAGUGAGAAUUUGAAGGAGAAACCAGUGAUAGAUGAGGAAGCAAAGGCAAAAAAUAAUUUAAUCUCAAGGGAGCUUAGGAACAUCAAAAGGGGUAUGCUUUCUAUGCGUGGAAACACAUCUGCUAAGAAAGAGGUAUUCAUAAAUAAAGAGAAGGAGCAAACAAGGCACAAUGUGUUCUCAAAGAUAGAUAACAACAUGGUCAUAAACAAAUCAUUAAUCAAUGACAAUUACGACAAGGCUAAAAUGGCACUUGAGGAAAUCAUAUCCGAUAGAGCAGAGAAACUUAAAAAUAAAGUAUUUAAUAAAGAAGAGGACAAUAACACAGUGACUGAUAAAAGCCUAGCUAGACAGGACACUACCCAGACGUCAGUGCAGAAACAAAAGGAGGUGCGAGAUAGGCUAGGAGAUCUGAGGGAUCAUUAUCAGAUACAAGAAAUUAUUUCCCAGACUGAGACAAAACUUAGCGGAGAUCACAGGUUAUAUGCCAAAAAUAAAAAUGCAACAAAACCUAUCAAGGAGCACCAGGAGCAAGUAAACAUUAGUACUGCAUGUGACCAACAAAAACACAAUAAUAGCAAAUACUCAACCGAGGACAGUAAUAGAAUGAUUACUGAAGCAUCCGUUGAAACAAGAGAUGACACCUCUAGAAAAGAUGAGGUAGUUACAGAGGAGAGUCAACCAGAUGCACCUGUUGUCAAACCAGAGGUACCACCCAGGAGCAAGAAGGGGACCUCUAAAAAAGAAGACAGCACAGUGAAUGAGAAAGGAUGUGUGAAUGCUAUGGCUGUGGGGGAAGAGGAUACAAACAUAGAGGAAUGUUCAAGUAGGGGUGGCGAUAAUGACAAAAUUGAAGCAAGGGGCAAAGUCUCAAAUAGGGAGGACCUCGAUGCAAAGAUAAAAGCUGAAAGACAAACCGAUACACUUGUAGCAUCUACCGGAGUUGAGCGUGAGCAAUGUAUUGUAAAUGUUGAUGAAGGAGCUGUCCAAGAUAUUACAGAAAAAUUGUCCCCUUUGUCAAAUGGAAGUAGUGUAAAUCCAGGUCAACAAGAUCAAAACAGUAUGUCCUCGAAGUCGUCAUACUUCUCUGUCGAGAGUUCAUUUCAUAGAAACAUUGAAACUGACUCAAAUGUCUAUCAUUCAUUCGAGAAUCUGAUUGCAGAAUCAGAGGAGGUUGACGAAGGUGUAGAGAAUGUGCCGGAAUGUGUGAGAGCGGAUAUGCCGAGGAGAACAGAAUUGGAGUAUUACUCUGUAAGUGACCAUGAAAAUGAGAAUGUUGAAGACAAGCCAGUAGUCUCUCCGAAACUAGACAGUGAUAUCUCCUUGAAGGAGGACAAGGAGUCUACAGGUAGAGAGAUGGACCAAAGAGGAUGGGUCCAGAGCCCCAAAGGCAGCACAAACAAUCAACCAGCAACAUCUCAAUCUAACGUCUUCUCCCCAGUUCAGGGAAAACCGUCUCUUUUCAAAGUGAAAGACAACACAUUUAGUCAUCAUGUCUCGCCAGUAACAAAGACGGUGAAACCGGUCCUGCACAAGACAAACCAUGACCCAGGGCAACGUGCACCGUGGUCACCCAGGGGAAGCAUGAGUGGCUCAGAGAGGAGCGAGGAAGAUCAUCUUGAUCAUCUAAAAGAGUCCACUGAAAUACUUUCUCCCACACAUGUUGCCAACACACCAGAGAAGCCAUUAAAAUGUAAAGAGACACACUCACCGCACUCACCGCUGUCUCCUUUAAAAUUAAAUCCUGAACACACACAAAAAUGCCAAAGUGAGCCAUGCUCACCCGGGGAGAGCUUAACUGGUUCUGAGAAGGACGAGGAAGAUAAUGUUGAAAUCCUUGAACCCCAUGACGCUGCUAUCACACCAGACAAACCUAAAGAGAUCGCUUCUCUCCCCGCUCCACACUCCCCACUGUCUCCCUCAAAACUGAACCAAGAUAACAGCCAAAGAGGCCCAAAAUACGGAUCUUUCCUCACAGUCCCUCAGGGAGAUAAUAUACAUCCUGGGGUGAGUCCCUCUUCAGAAGGGGGCACUGUGGAUACAGUUUGCAACACUCCAGAGGGCUCCAAAGUUCCAAGCGAAAGGUCUGGUUCAGUCUGCAGCGGGAACAACACGCAAGGUCCUGGAAGACCCCCAGUAGUCCCCCCAAAGUCGGAGAAGGCCCUCCUCAAAGCCAUGAAGCUGACCACCAGGCGGAUGCGGAAGGAAGAGGAAAAAAUCAAACCUCACAAGAGCUGCAGUAGUAGUAAGAGCCAUGGCGGCAGAAGUUAUCCAAACAGGAAAUCAUCCGAGCAGAAAAGUAGCAAAAGCGAUAGUCGUGACAAACCAUGCAGUGGUGAGAAGCAACAGCUGGAAAGAACGGAGUGCAGCAGUCGUAGCGGUGACAAGUGCAGUCAUGCUGAAUCGGAGCUUCAAGGCUGCAGUAAUGAAAAUCACCGGCACAGUGACUCAGAGCUCCAGGCCCAGAAUGGUAAGAAGCACCUCAAUAGUGGACACAAACGCCAUAGCCGUGACAGUGAGAAGCCCCCACAAGAAAGAACGGAGCAUGGCAGUCGUAGCGGUGAGAAACUCAAGAAUGGUGAAACGGAGCAUCAAGACUGUAACCAUGAUAAACCAAAUCAUGGCACAUCGGAGCGUCGCGGCCGUAGUAGUGAGCAACAAAGUCGCAAGAAGCCAGACAAAAGAUUCCUUAGCAGUGACAGAGCACUCAGUGAGUAUAAAAGAUUAAACAGUGAGAGAUCCACAAGUGAGAAAAAACCACGCCAUCGAGCUCAGAGCAUGGACAGACACAUAGGUGAUGAGGUUGAGAAGAAAAUGAAUAGCAGCGAGGCGUCUUCUACGAAUAGGCCAGAGCCAAGGAGUGACCGUAUUGAGAAGUCGAUUAGGGAUGAGUUGUCUCAGAGGGGCCGAGCCCGAGAAAAAUCCCACAGAGAGAAACCAGACAACCGGAACCACAGUGUUGAUUCCUAUGCCAGUGAAGUUAUAGACUUGACAUCACCUCAACCUAAUCUAUCGCGUCAGUCCAGUUACACCAGCCAGUUCUCUCAUCAGUCCAGCAUAGAGCACGGUUAUGCCUCCUUCCCAAUGACCCAGCGGAAAUUGUUGCAGGACCCAGACUCUGGGCAGUACUUUGUAUUUGACAUGCCCGUCCAGGUCAAGACCAAGACCUUCUUUGAUCCAGAAACUGGAAACUACGUGCAGUUACCUGUUCAGCCUCCAGAGGACCCCAUGCCUCAGGCCUCCACCAUGGAAGUGAUUAAUGCACCAAGGGUGAUCUAUCAUGGUUCCUUUGUCCCAGUGCCUGUCUCAUCCAUCUCAACACAGAACUCUGUUGUCCACGCCUCACAGCUGGACCAGGAACAAUUUGAACAAAGGCUUGAAAAGCAGUGGUAUAACCACAACAAUGAAGGGCAUCCUUAUCUAGAGCCAGUGUAUGGCUCACAAGAUCACACGAUAGGGGAGUUCUUGGGUACGGAGGAACAUUAUGACUGUGUGAGCUAAUGAGGUUUUUGGUAUUAACGCUUUGUUAAAAGUUUAACAGAGUUGAAGUAGUGUUCAUUUGCAUUUGUGAGUUUGCAGUUCAAACAAGCUACUGUAGAUGUAAGUUAUAAUUGGCAUUUGGGAGUGUCUGACUUCAGGGAUUCAUGUAUUAUAAAUAUAUGAUUUGUAAAUGUUUGAUAGAUUACAGUGUAAAGCAAAAGGACAUGGAUUUUCCAUGUACAUAUGUAUUUUCACAUGUGUUUGGUUUUACAUCUUUAGAACAUUUUUAAGAAAAUAAUGAAAGUGGUAUUCCACCUCUUUUCAGGGUUUGCUGUAAUCUCUUUUUGAUAUGCAAAGUUUAGAUUUUGAGACGAUAUUCCAUAAAGUUACCCUUAAAACACAAUUACAGUAGAAAAAAUAGUAAUUUAAUUAAACAUAAGGACACAAUGUUUCCAUGUACGUUUCAGUAGUCAAUAUCAGUGUAGUUAUUUCACUGUAAUAUAAGUUUUGCAUCCACACAGUAAAAUAUUUAAUGUAACUAAAUAUUGAAAGUUGCAUAUUCUGUUUCAUACUAAUGCUUGAAAUGCAAAUAAUGUAAGUGAAAAUAACUUUUGUAUAAUAAUUGGAAAUACUGUUUGGUCGUAUUUGGCAUUGAAUGGCUAGAUAAUGCAACUGCGUUUUGUUUUGUAAAUCAUUCCAAUUAAAAUUAAACUUAUCAAGAACUA